AUGAAGCCAGUCGUAAGCUCUAUGCAAGCAUGGUCUUGCGUGGUCAUCUCAGGCUUUGCGAUUGUCAUCCUCUCGGUCAUUGGUGGCUUGGUUAGAAGUGGGCACCACGAGUUCGCUGGCGACGAGAAGAAUCCCGAUCCGAAAGACCUACCCGCGGUCGCGAGCACCAUCUUCAUUGCUGUCAUCGUUUAUGCGGGCUUUUUGGUCUUCUGUGGUUUGCAAGGCAUGCUCCACGUGAAGGAAUCUAGGAGAGGCGCGAUUGCCCUAUGA